UGCGUGCUAGACGCACCAUUUCCGGGGUGAACAUUUUGGAAGUCUAAAAAUAUUCAUGAUUGAUACUUGUAAAGCGAAAUGGUUCCGGUAAAUAAGCAGAUUGUCCCUUCAGAGGACCACAGUUCUGCUGACAGCCAACUGGUACUCUGUAUAGUGCGUGAUAUCACAAAUCCCCAGUGGAACCGAUGUAAGAUUACCAUCAAUCUACAGGAACAUGUAUCUGUCCAGGAGCUGUGUGAAGAGAUAGCACGGCAGGCCAACUAUGAACCUGACACAUUUAAUCUGGUCUGGCAGAAGGGUGGAAAUGAUGGCCAGGAGAUUAUAAUGAACAAGCUCAGCCUCCUUACACUCAGGGAUGCUGGUCUUUUACCUGGUAACAAGAGGAACUUCUUUCAGAUCCAAGACAAGGAUGGAAUCCAACCGAUACCUAUUAAUGCUGGUGCUACUGGGAUCACAGUAACCGAUGGUGAUGAUAACAUAGCCGCUAUGGCAGCCGCAGCAGCAUGUAAUGAAGACAGUGACAACCAGCCGCUGAUCAAAGCACCUACUGUAGAUACAUGCGCAUCGUUUACUGACUAUAAUUAUAGUUACGCAUCAUCGGUCACAUCCAAGUCAGAGUCAGGUUAUGUUGGACUGAUCAACCAAGCCAUGACAUGUUACCUCAACAGUCUCUUGCAGACUCUCUAUAUGACACCAGAAUUCAGAAAUGCCUUAUACAGAUGGUGCUUUGAUGACUCCAUUGAAGAUGCAACUAAGAGCAUCCCGUAUCAACUUCAAAGAUUGUUUGUUCAACUUCAGACGAGUACCAAACGAUCCAUUGAGACUUAUGAUGUCACAAGGAGCUUCGGGUGGGAUAGUAAUGAAGCAUGGCAUCAGCAUGACGUACAGGAGCUUUGUCGUGUGAUGUUUGAUGCCCUGGAAACAAAGUUCAAGAAUACGGAGAAUGAAGACCUGAUCAAUCGACUCUACCAGGGUCAAAUGAAGGAUUAUGUCAAAUGUCUGGAGUGUGGAAAUGAGAGUGCAAGGAAGGAUAGCUUCUUAGAUAUCCCCUUGGUGAUUAGACCGUUUGGAUCUACAAAAACAAAUAGUAGUGUGCAAGAAGCUCUACAAGCCUUCAUCUCACCAGAGACACUCAACGAUACCAAUCAGUAUUUCUGUGAGCGUUGUGACAAGAAGUGCGAUGCUCACAAGGGGCUCAAGUUCCAAUCCUUCCCCUAUGUCUUAACCUUACAACUCAAGAGAUUUGACUUUGACUACUCAACGUACACCAGACUCAAGCUCAAUGACAAAGUGAGCUUUCCUGAAAUUUUGAACAUGAACAAACUCCUGGAAGAUGAAGAGGAAGAAGGAGAUGAGACGAAUGUUGCAUCGGAUACACAGAGUGAUGAACACAAUCUGGAGAACCUCAACAACCUGACAAACGCUCGACGGCGGAGUGAAAGUCCGGAUGAUACGAUAGAUGAAGGGAUCGACGUGGAGCAAGCAGCAUCGGUAUCAACGCCGGAAGAGACGCAGACCAACGGUCCGUAUCUGUACGAGUUAUUCUCCAUCAUGGUGCACUCUGGCACGGCUAAUGGAGGACAUUACUAUGCAUAUAUUAAGUCUUUCACUGACGGUAGAUGGUACUGCUUCAAUGACACGAGUGUAACACAUGCAACGAAAGAAGACAUUAGGCGUACAUAUGGUAUUGAAGCUCUACCAGGGAGAUGUGCACCUACUAGCACUCUGCCCAAUGCGUACAUGUUGAUGUACAGACAGAUAGAAACAACAAAGAAUGCAGGUUUUACCACUGUUGAAGAAUUCCCCUCGCACAUCAAGGAGCUAAUGGUGAGACUACAGAAUGAAGAAGAGGAAGAGAGAAGGCAGAGGGAGAUUGAUAGAAACACCUGCAAGAUCAAACUGUUUGGUGUGCACCCAAUGACAGGGAAGCCUGUUGAAGCUAGGCUGGAAGUCCACAAAGACAAGACACUCAGCGAAGCAACGGAAAUAGCCCACAAGUUGCUAGCUUUUGACAAGCACACACCGCUGGUUCAGUGCCGUCUGGUGAAGUAUGAUGAGUUCCAUGAGUCUCUGGAAAGAUCAUUUGAAGGAGAUGAAAGCACUCUGAUGGGGACGUUACUGUCUGGUGUCAAGACGUCUUAUAUCUUUGAUCUGCUCCUUGAGACGAGGAAAGCAGAUCAGGAGUUUGCAGUCUACAAGGCUGGAGGAGUGACAAACAAAUUGUUUGUUGUUGAUCUGGAAACAGAAAGCAUUUCCAAUCCAAUCAGUAUGAGGUCAUAUCUGACAACAACGGUCCACGAUUUCAAAGUCCAGAUUGCACAGACGACGGGUCUUUGUUUAGAAACGAUGCGGGUCGUUUUGGAACCGUUGGUAAAGCCCCUAGUGAAGCCACUGGUUAAUGGACAGAAAACCCUGAAGAAUGAAGGAUUUUUAAAGAGCAAUAAGGUUUUUGUUGAGAGCAGCAACACUGAAGACAGUCAGGUACCCUUUCCUGAAUCCAAACUGUAUCAACUGCUUGAUAGAUAUGCAAACACAAUAAGGUUACAGGUUACCCUACCACUCUUCGAUCAAGAUGAGUUUAAGCCACCAAAGAGCAGCAGUACAUCGCCUUGUCCGUCAUCAACAUCCUCAAACACAGAAGACAAAUACAACGAUCUACAGCUGGAGACGGAGAUUGCCUUGAGUAAAGCACCCACCCCAAGCCCCACUGGUAGCUCCUCAACGCUCAGUGACGACCACCCUCUGGACAAAAAUGGUCUCAACCUCCUUGGCAGUGAGACGGACAGUGGCGUUGUGUCUCUCAACGAUGCCAGGAUCACUGACGACCUGGCUGGUGACAGCGACGGUAAUCUCGCCGACCUCCGCGGCAGCCCGGACGGCGCCGAUGAUGGAGAACCAGAUAUGCUAAUGAGGUCGGAGGUCGGUGAGGACGUAGACAUUCCAGGUGGCGAAGUGCAAUCAGGGGAUGCAGGGAUCACAACAGACAGUGCGUGUUGGUGUCAGAGUGGCUGCGGGGACUGUAGCAAGCUACAGAGAGUGAACUCCGAGCAGAGCUCCACUGGAGCCGUAUCGUCCCCCGUUUCAUCGCAUUCUUCCCUCAGCUCUCCUGUGACGGGUUUAGUGGACCACCAAUCCAGCAGUAUACCCAUUGAGCCAGACCCCAGUGCUGGGGGUGAGACUAAAGGGACUUUGGCGUCAUAUGAUGACCCCAAUGAAGACUCUGAAGAUGAGAUUUAUGAAAAUACAAGGCAUGCCAAAAUGUUGAAUGGAUACUUCAAAGCUGAACCUGUGCAGAUUAUUGAUAACGCAAGAUUAUUAGCAGUGCAUGUGGAUAAGAGAAUGACCCUAGCAGUCUUCAAGAAGUCACUGGAGACCUACGUUGGCAGGGAAUCACAACACUUCAAGGUUUAUAGGGUGUAUGCUAAUAGUCAAGAGUUUGAGAGCAUCCGACUCACAGAGACUCUGCAGUCAUACAGUGAAGACAGCAAAGUCAUCAUUAAACUCGGCCGAGCACUCAAGAAGGGGGAGUACAGAGUAAAGAUCUAUCAACUAACAGCAAAUAGUCCAGAGCCUUGCAAGUACCUCUUUGACUGUGUCUUUGCGAAAGGGAUGUCAGUUAUACAAUCCAAGACGGAGCUCGUCCCAGAGCUGAGAGAGAAAUGUGGCCUGGAGAUUCCCCUGAAGAGGUUGAGACUACGAAAGAAGGCUUGGAAGAACCCUGGAGCCAUCUACAUUGACAGCCAGCUGUAUGAAGAUGACAUCCCGAUAUUCACCAACUGGGAAGUCUUUGUGGAGAUCUUGGAACGUGAUGAACCUUUGGUUGAUCCGACCCAUCUGGUUUUGUUUGUCAGAAGGUGGCGCCCUUCAGAGUUCAAAUUAGAUCCAUUUGAAGAGGUCCUACUGUCUGACUGCACUGUUGCAGAACUCAAGAAGAGGUUAUCAGCAUUGAGUGACAUCAGUCCUGAGAACAUAGACUUUGCUAAGGGGAAGGGGACGUUUCCAUGUGAGGUGUCCUUACUAGAGAUGCAGUCAGACCUGGAAUGGAAUCCUCAAGUAACUUCUCUUAAUUCUUGGCCGUUGUACAUCAGUGAUGAUGGAGCUGUCAUCUACUAUUGUGACCGAUCAGAACCCAUCAAAGAGCUGACCGAGGAAGAAAAACAAGAAAUCCAAAAGAAGGAGAAUUCACGUUUAGCCAAGACCACCACGAAACCAAAUUACCCAUCGCCUCGCAAAGAACGUGCCCUCAAGAUCUACACAGAUAGUACAUCGUCAUCGUCGACAUGAAAAGGCCAAAUUGCAUAAUUGUCAAGGCAAGAAUAUAUUUCACUACCCAUAGACUCGUUUAUAGUAUACACCUAUCAGCGUUACAGAGAGUAGAAGGUCAACAUGGUUUAAAAAUUGCUGAAAGUUAUGUUGCUUUGCCUAGAGUGUGCCCGUAGGUUGAACACAGAGUCACAGCCAGUACAGGGCCAAUGUGAAAAGCAAACUAGUAUACAUGUAAUACUCCAAGGCAUGAGGAACUCUGAUCAGUCAUCGCUACUUGGUGAGUUUGACCUCAAGAUCCAGACAGACUGCAGGAUCAAAGUGGAGAUCAAUAUAUUACAGCAUUGGCAAGGCAAGCCAAGGCGUAGAACUACACACUUUAUACCCUGGUGAUAUACAUGUACAUACAGGGACAGUGCAAGGUCAACUCGACUAAGGAAAUUUUAACAAGUUCAGCAGAAGCUUGGUAUAGCAUGCUCAACAAAGCCAAGCAUCAACGUUGUUGGUCUUACAUUAUAGUAAAAAAUGAAGAACUGCUAUGUACUGCAGCAUUUUAAAACUCGAAAGAGGCUCAAUGCUUGAUGCCCUGUAACUUUUGAAGAGUGUUUGAAGAACCAUCAUGGAAAAACAUGUUUGUUGCCCGAACCUUCUUUAUAAUCACUGCUUAGGAUACCAUUGACUCUACAAUGACUACUUAAACCCUUGUGUCUUCUGCGCGUAAGAUUCAACAUGUUCAAGGACUACACUGCAAACCUCAAUAAUCAGGAUAGAUGAGAAACGGUAAUAAUGAUAUGCAUUUAUUAUGCGUUUUUUUUAAACAUUGUAUACAAUGGCUUACACUAUUACUACCCCUGUUCCUCCCUGAAACCAUCUGUAUUCCUUUGGAGCAUGCAGCUCGUGGCCAAAUGGGCGCAAAGGUUGGUAAUUAUUCGCAUCAACAAUCACUUCCCUCACAGGUACCCAGUUACUAUUGGGUGUUAAGAAGCAAUUAUAGUUAAGGAUCUUGCCCGAGAGCACGGGUGUCUCAAGUAAGAUUUGACCCACACUUAGAUGACUCGGCCAUCACAACUUGAGUUUGAUGCUCUAGACCAAAUAUGUGCAGACAUUUUGUUUUGUGACCCCAACCACCAUGGAUAAAGCUGGAAAGUCAAAAAGUCAGCAGCUCAAGGUUCUGUGCAAACAGACAUGGUAAACUGUUGUCUUUUUAAAAAUCUUUUUUAGUGUCUUCCUCAACGAUUUUCUAUGAUUUUGAAUGACAUAGUGAUUGAUUGACAUAGUGAUGUAAAACAAACUUUAAAAUACUGACAACUAAUUCGAAAGUGACUACUGAAAUUCUAUCAAAAAAAUCAAGUUGAUGAAACUUAUUUUAAAUCCAAUCAUGCAGUUUCUGUAUCACUUACACUCGCCAAUAGACUGUCUGUCGAUUUCAGAUUUCAGUUGCAAUGUUUAUGGUUAGUGUUCUUUAUCGUUGCAUCAUGCUGUCUUGCCAGAGAAGUUGUAAGUUGUUGAGGAAGACACUUUAAUCCGAUAAAAAAAGAAAAAGAUUUUCCCUUUUCUUUCGUUAGAAAAUUUUACGCUGCCAAUGUCACAGGAAUGGCAACGCAUCAUGCGGUACUAAAACUUAUGGAUUGGUCUUUAAAGCCUAACCAAGCGCGCAACUCACAGACAAUUAUAAAUGUUUGUUGGUUAUGAAAUACUUAAAAACAAUGAAACAUGUUUUACUUCUUCUUUUUCUGGGAUGGAAGUUUUGUAAUUAUAGUUGUACAGUAACAUUUGUACCGAAAGAAACCUGUGCAUGUAGCUCUAGCACUUCAUCUCUCAGAUCAACCCAAUUGAAAUCAUACCUUCUCGACCAUGGUGACCAUUAGAGAUGUGUAUACAACGCCAAAACCAAGCGCGCAACUCACAGACAAUUAUAAAUGUUUGUUGGUUAUUAAAUACUUAAAAACAAUGAAACAUGUUUUACUUCUUCUUUUUCUGGGAUGGAAGUUUUGUAAUUAUAGUUGUACAGUAACAUUUGUACCGAAAGAAACCUGUGCAUGUAGCUCUAGCACUUCAUCUCUCAGAUCAACCCAAUUGAAAUCAUACCUUCUCGACCAUGGUGACCAUUAGAGAUGUGUAUACAACGCCAAAACCAGGCAAUUCUCGGAAAUGUUCAAGUUUCAUUAAAAGUCAGUGUGAAGACAAUCAAAACAUCAGCAUUAAUAUGAGAAUUACUUACCUUAUUUGCUCAUCAUCAUUUGUUUUAUUUUUUUCUGUAAAUUAUUACUUUGGUUGAAGUUUAUUGUUGUGUUUUUGAGAUUUCUUAGAGAUCCAGUAAUGAACCAAAAGGGAAACUUACUUGGUCCAUAUAAGUAAACUAUGGGUACAAUGUACCGUAACAAGUUUGAACCUCUCACCUCCGGAUUUUAUGUGCCAUAGUUACACCAACUUUCCCUUGUGGUUUUUGACUUUAUGUUUAUGACUUUAAAAUGUACUGCCCCGUCUCAAGUUAUAUCAUAACCCAUGCAUGGUCUCAGGCCAUACCGCACUUUAUGUUUAUAUGACUUUUAUGUUGACAUUAACUGGUUGUGAAUGAAAAUAGACCGUAUUGAAUAUGACGUCACGCGGCUCAAAUGUCUGACCUACAAGAUGGCGUCUGUGCGUGUGCGUGCGUGUGUGCGUGCAUGUGCCAUAGAAAUCAAACAGGGAAUGUUGCAUGCUGUGGCUUCAAUGAUUUACGCGUUUGGACGCGCAUACGGUUUGCCCUACAAGAUGGCGACUUUUCAUAGCAAAAAGGAGUUACUCAAUACGGUCUAUUGUGGAAACUUAACAAUCAUGGUGCUGGUUUACGCAUUUCCCUGUGUAUUGGUAAUAGUGUUGAGGUCGAGACAUGAUAUAGUCAAGACCUGAUAGUCGGAGACCGAGACCAAGACCUGGGCCAAUUAUCAUACAGCUGCUUUAUAAUCAGAAAAUAUUGCUUAACGGUUUGGAUAGUAACCAUAUUCUGGUAAGCAGUAUUUUGUUUGUGCUUUGCUACUUUUUUGUGCUUCAGCAGCUCUACCCUGAUUGUCAAGGGGGAGAUGGGACCGGUCUUAGAGACACUGGACACUAUUGGUUAUUUUCAUAACAAACCUGUGGAAAUUUGAGCUCAAUUGGUCGUUGAAGUU